AUGGUUUUGACAACAGUAUUAUUACAAGAUCCAGCUUUUAAUGUCUAUCAGGGUGUGAAAGCAAAGAUCACAAAGGUGCUCAAGGGAGGCAUUUUAACCAUAUUAGCUGCAAGGAUAACUGUCAAUGCAGUAGCAGUUUUAUCUAGCACAGAGACUCAAUUACUCCAAUUAUCAAAACGUGGUUUCAAUACAGGCUGGAGCGAGUUGGAGGAUACGCUAGAAGAUGUUAUACAAAGAAGAAUGUAUUUUUGUGACGAGUAUCUUAGACGCAAGGCUACGCUAGAUGAAAAGCUAGGCACGCAAAAUGCUCGAGUGGUGGAUUGGAUGGUAGAAAACAAAUCACAAUCCAAGUCUAAAGAAGAAACCGACGAAGUGGAAGAAGAAAUACUCGAAGCAGCCGGAUGGAAAAAAGAGUGUAAAAGAGCAAAACGGGAUGAAGAUGCUUUAAAGAAAAGACUUGAUAAAAAGAAUGGUCCAAGUUGGAGGGAAAGAUGGCAAAGACUUGCUGCCAGUUUGAGAAAAAAACAGUAUUCUUCACUUGAUUAG